AUGAUUAGAAUUUUACAAAAGAGUUUAAAUUACCAAUAAAACUAGAAAUAAACUAAGUUAGCUUAGCAAAUAUUCAACUAAUUUAGCAGCUCCUUGAAAGAGAGAACAAAAGCUGAAUAUAAUCUUAAAGAGGGUGACUAAAUUCAUGGAUUUUAAGUACAGAAAAUAGAAAAUAUUAAUGAUUUCAAUAUUACUGCAUAUUACCUAACCCAUUUACAAACAGAUGCAAAAUUCAUCCAUUUCGAUACUAAAGAUAAGAAUAACUGCUUAGCUGUUAUAUUUAGAACAACUCCUCAUGAUGAUAAAGGUACUCCUCAUAUUCUUGAGCAUCUCACAUGCUGCGGAAGUGAGAAAUACCCUGUACGCGAUCCCUUUUUUAAAAUGAUUAAGAGAUCAUUAAAUACUUAUAUGAAUGCAUGGACAGGUCCUGACUUUACUUGCUAUCCUUUUAGUUCAUAAAACUCUAAAGAUUUCAAAAAUUUGAUGGAGGUUUAUCUUGCUAACACUUUUAGUCCUCUUCUUAAAAAAAGUGAUUUCUAAUAGGAAGGUUGGCGCUAUGACUUUGAUGAAGAAACUGGUGAUUUAUAAUACAAAGGUGUUGUUUUUAAUGAAAUGAAGGGUGUCUAUUAAUCUUCAGAAAAUAUUUUCUCUGAAUCUUUAGCAAAGCACAGCAUUAAAGAUUCAGUUUAUAAUCACAAUUAUGGUGGAGAUCCAAAGAGUAUUACUGAUCUCAGUUAUUAAGAAAUAAAAGACUUCUACAAUAAGUUCUAUCAUCCUACUAAUUCUAAGAUUUUUUCAUAUGGUGAUCUUGACUUCACUGAAAACCUUAAAUACAUCAAUGAAAACUAUUUUAAUAAAUUCUAAAAGCUUAACAACUUUGACAGCUCUGUCAAACCUUCCAAAAGAUUAGAAAAGAGAGAAGAAUAUGUUUUAAAAGGUCCUGAAGAUCCAGUAGCAUUAGAUAAAGAUAAAUAAGUAAAAAUGAGUAUUUCUUUUUUAUGUAACGAUUUAACCUAAGAUUAAAUUGAAGGAAAUGCUUUAAAUCUUUUAAGUUAUCUCUUAUGCGAUACUGCUAAUUCUCCUUUAUACAAAGCACUUUUAGAAUCAGGAGUUGCACCCAGCUACUCUCCUGGAAAUGGAUUUGAAAUGCAUUACAGAGAAGGCUUAUUUAAUCUUGGUGUUUAGGGUAUUAGUGAAUAAGAUACUGAGACAGUAGAAAAAAUUAUUUUUGAUACUCUCAAGCAAAUUUCAGAAGAAGGUUUUGAUGAAGAAAUGAUAGAAGGAGCUCUUCAUUAAAUUGAAAUUGGUGCUAAAAUACCUAAAGAUAACUUUGGAAUUAUGUUAAUUUAGAUGUUAAUGACUUAGAUUAUUCACGAUGGAGAUGUUUCUAAGGCUUUAAAAGUCACUGAAAAUAUUUAAACUUUAAGAAAGAAAAUAUUUGAAGAGAAGUAUUUGUAAAAACUUAUUGAUAAGUAUUUUUUGAAUAAUAAACAUCAAGUAAAAAUUGUCAUGAAGGCUGACUCAAAUUACCAUCAAGAAUAAGCCUAAAUUGAAUCUUAAAAGUUAAAAAAUAUCCAAGCUUAGCUCACAUAAGAAUAAAUUUAACAAAUUAAGGAAGACAAUAAAACUCUUGAAAAAGAACAAUCUAAUAAAAAUGAAGAUUAUUCUUGUUUACCAACUUUGGAAGUUUCUGAUAUUGAUAGGGAAGUAGAAUCUACUGAGUUUAAAUAAACUACUUACAAAGAUAUCCCCAUUUACUUUACCAAUUAAAACACUAAUGGCUUGACAUUUUUAAGAAUCUAAUUCGAUUUAGAAAGAGUGCCUUUAUUCAUUAGAUAAUACCUUGAUUUAUUCUGCACAUUUAUUACUAGGAUAGGUACCAAAUAAAUGAAACACGACGAGUUCCAUAAAUAAAUGAGUCUUUACACUACUAAUUUUUCAUUUGAUUUCUAAUCUAGCAAUCGUAUUAACAAUAAUGAUGACCCUAACGGUCCUUUCAAUUAUGCUCUUUUGAAUGUUGCUUGUAUUGACAGAAAUAUUGAACACAUGUUCGAACUUCUUUAAGAACUCCUCACUUCUCCUGAUUUCAAUGAUAUGACAAAUAUAAGCACAAUUUUAAGAAACACAAGUAAUGAAGUUGCUAAUUCUAUCAUUGACCAAUCUAUGCAAUAUGCAUUUAGUGUUGGUAGUGCAUCACUUAGAGAAAACUUCUUUAUGAAGGAAAAGCUUAAAAACACAAGAUUUUUGUGCAAUUACUCAUCCAACUUUUUCAAAUCUUAAAGCAAGUUAUAUUUGGAUGAUCUUUGUUUCUAGAUGCACUGCAUUAUCGAUUAUAUGAUUAAAAAGCACAAAAUAAAGUUUAUUGUGCACGGUGAUCAAAAGAAUUUUGAUUAAAUUUAUAACAAUAUAACUCGUAUGGUUGACAACUUCUCAUUUGCUUAUCCUGCUUUUAAAACAAAAAAUGAACCUCUUUACUUUGAUGAGGAUUAUCCCAAUCCUUUCUAAAGAAAGUAUAUCAACAAGUUUUUCACUUUACCUAUGCAAGUUAACUAUUGUAUUCAAUCUUUAGAAGUUCCUCACUAUACUCACCCUGAUACACCUGUAUUAAAUCUCUUUGCUGAAUUAGUUGCAACUUCAGUUCUUCAUACUGAAAUAAGAGAAAAAGGUGGAGCUUAUGGUAGCGGAUGUAAACUUUAAGAUGGUGUGAUGAAUUUCUUUAGCUACAGAGAUCCUAAUAUUCUUUAAACAAUUGAAGCAUAUGCUAAGGGUGUAAAAAUGAUUGCUGAUGGACAAUUUAAUGAAGAGAAUUUAAAAGAAAGCAAACUAAGUUUAUUCAGCAAGUAUGACAAGAUCAUAAAUCCACAAGAUAAGGGCCUUUCUUAUGCUUUAGAAGGAGUUUCUGAUAUAGAAAGAGCAAAGUAUAGAUAAGGAAUAAUAGAUGCUAACAGAGAGAAUAUAAUUAGGGUUGCAAGAGAACAUGUACAAAGGAAGAUAGAGAAAAAUGAAUGCUCUAAAGUUAUUUUUGGUAGUGAAUUAGCAGAUUUAGACGAAAUAGAAAAAUCAGGUUAUAGUGUUGAAGAACCUGUCCCAGGUUUUACUCCUUAAAAAGAUGAAUAAGAAAAUGAAGAAAAUUGA